AUGUUUGCGGUCAUUUUCCUGCUUAUUCAUGCUUGCUACUGCGGGAUUGUGGCGCCGGAAAAUACUUCGGACUCCCCUCAAAAGCUCCUUGGACGUGUUUUGAAUCAAUGGGACGCCAAUGAGCACUGGUCACAAUCCUCCCUCGUCCUUGCUCGUCGAAACUACGUCUACUCUCUCCACAACUACACUAUUGAGCAGUCUGAAACGAAGAGCAGAGUCCGCUGGACCAUGAGAGAAGGGAAGGAAAUCUUGCCUUGGGGAAAACGUGGUUUCACAGCAAACCAUCAAACACAUAAAUGGGAUGCCAGCAAUACAUUCGUUGAUAACAGGGGCAAGAUUUGGAUCCAGUUGUGCUAUGUUACAGCAGAAGAUGCCAAACAAUUGGGCCCCUACAUUGCCCAGUGCGUGAACAGAUGGCACGCAGCAUUAGGAUGCAACAGCGGAGUCGGAUUCUACAUCAAGCAAAACUAUUGCACCGACCCGCGGCGUGAUGUUCACGUUAUGGUAGACCAAAAUGCUUAUCGGGGGAAAGCAACGGUUGGGACUAGGCUCUACCCAAAUAGCGGAUAUCCGCUUCAUUGGAUCAAGCUGCCUCUUCCAGCUCGCGUCGUUGGACAAGCGACACACAUUGGUAUUUCAAUAGCCAAAGUCCUGACAAGGCUUGCACUCGGGAGCUUUUCGAUACUUGAGAAGAACUGCCGCUUUGGGCUAUACCACGAGCAGAGCCGACAGGAUUGGAGAGCAGCUGGCCUUGAUAUUGAAUUCACCGCAAUUCCGGGUUAUCAAGCUGCAGUCAACUAUGUAAACAAUAAUAUCCUUGUCUGGCCUCAAGGGUCUCUGAAGCAGGGACAGCGGAUAACCGUGAAUGAUAUACUAACUUAUGGUGAACUCAACCGUGACCCAAGAUUCGCUCUCUGCAGGAUUUGGGCAGGCAAAACUCAUGUCCCAUCGUGGGUCAGAGCUGAUGGCACAAAUUCUCUAGGCAACGUACGUCAGGGGGUGCCGUAUGGUGCAUUUGAUUGGGAUUCUAUAAUGCUAUACCCGACAAGACCUGAAUGGAUAUUUUGGAGAUUAGUAAAUGGCGUGAGACAAGAAAUUCCUGGUCCCCGGCCAGAUUGGCCUUCACAAGAAGACAUAGCUGCAGUCAAGUUUAUGUACCCAGAUUUACCGCCUCCGAACCCGUAG